AUGCUGGUGCCCGUGCCUUUUUCUGCUGUCCCCGUGCGCGGUACUUAUAUGCGGCCCGGCGGCCCCAGCAAUGUGAACAUGGCGCAGAGCUCACUCGGCAGCUUGCAUCAGGAGCAGCUGGAUAAUUCUCAUCAACCUGCCCAAGAGGAAUCGAAAAAAAUGGACAUGAUUGCUGCUCAGCUGGGCGCUGGCUACAACGCCAUGCUCGAGCGCAUCCUCCAUGGCGCCGCCGUGCCCGUUGCCAACGCGACCGACUCGUACUGGAUGGACAGCCCGCCCUUCCCUGAGGUCAACUUGAAUCCGCACUCGCUGCCGGACCUCGCCGACUACGUCAUCAUCGGCACCGGCAUCACCGGUCUGGCGGCCACCAAGACGGUGCUAGAAAUCAGCCAAGACCAGCGGACCGAGAUGCCGUUGCGCGUGGUCGCGCUCGACGCUCGUGACGUGUGUUCGGGCGCCACGGCCCGCAACGGCGGGCACAUCAAGUCGGCGCCGUACAAGGACUUUGCGUUUUUGAAGGAGCAGCUGGGGUCGGUGGACGAGGCGCGAAGUGUACUCAAAUUUAUGCUCAGUCAUGUUGAAUAUCUAAAAGAGGUGGGACAGCAGGUUCCAGAAGGCGAAGUGCGAGACGUCGAGACGGUGGACAUGUUUUUGGAACAGGACGACUUUGAAAAGGCAAAGAAUCUGGUGGAUGACCUGAAGACGAAUGUGCCGGAUAUAACGAUUGAUGUGUUUUCGGGCGAAGAAGCUAGGGAAAAGUUUGGCUGCAAUGAUUUCAUCGCCGGUGCCAUUUCCUAUUCUGCCGGCGCCGCAUUUCCGUUCCGCCUCGUCACUGGUGCAUGGAAGGCGCUCGUCGACCGGUAUCCAGAGCUCGUACUCCUCAGCAACACGCCCGUCGAGGACAUCUCCGUCGCCGCCAACUCAGCCCAGCAUCCAUACGCCGUCAGGACGUCCAAGGGUACCAUCCGCACGCGCCACGUCCUCCACGCCACCAACGCCUACGCGCCGCACCUGCUUCCGCGUCUGCGGAGCAGCCUCACCGGCGGCCGCGGUUGCAUAUCUGCGCAGGAUGGCGGCGACGAGUUCCCUGCCACGCACGGGAACCGCUCCUGGAAAGUCGUCUACGAGCCCGGCUUCGACUACGUGACGGAGCGACCGGACAACAGCGAUGGCUCCCCAGGGGAUGUCAUGGUAGGCGGUGGCUUCCGCCAAGGUAAACUGGGCGGUCUUGAUCUGAUUGGUGUCUGGGAUGACAGCAAGCGCGAUGCGCUGCCGCUGGCACACGUUCGCGGCAUCAUGCCCACCGUCUUCCAGCCCAACUGGGGUGGCGGCAACAGCCCGACCGCCGGCAGCCUGAAGAAGGACUGGACGGGCAUCAUGGGCUUCACAGGGGAUUUGCUGCCCUUUGUCGGCCCGCUGUCGCAAAACAUUACGCAAAGGCAGAAUACGUAUCCGGGCGCAGGCGUCCCCGGCCCAUACGGCUCGGGCGAGUGGAUCGCCGCAGGCUUCAACGGGUACGGCAUGGUGUGGUCGUGGCUAAGCGGCGCGGCGACGGCCAUUAUGAUGGCAGGGCAGGACAAGAAGGAUCUGCCCAAGGUACCCGGGCGGCCGUCCGGUACGCUGGAUUCGUGGUUCCCACGGGAUGUGGUGGCACUGGACGAAGAGAGGCUGAAAAAAGCCGACCUGAGAAACUUGGGACGUAAGAUCUAA